AUGGCAUCUCAAUCCCAAGGUGGUGGGCAAAAUGCCCUCUCGCCUGUCGAUAUCAAGCCUCUUCUGACCAAGCUCUGGCCUAACGGGUCUGCUGUCUCUCCUCAGGAGAUUGCCGAGGCCAUCUCUCAUUUUUUCACAAAUCAGGUCACUGAGGCUCAAACAGCUUCUCUUCUCAUGGCAUUGCAUUUCACUAAGCUUGAUUUCAAAGCUGAUGUUUUGGCUGAGUGCGCCCGUGUCAUGCGAAAGGCCGCUGCACCUAUUCCUGUAGAGGAGCUGAAGGAAGUUAUCGCACGAAGAGGGCGAAAGGAGGGAGCUUACAAUGGUGGUUUGUGUGACAUUGUUGGAACUGGAGGUGAUGGCCAUGAUACCUUCAACAUAAGCACCACCUCAUCCAUCCUGGCCUCAGCCUUGCUCAUGGUAUCCAAGCACGGUAACAAAGCCAGCACCUCAAAGUCUGGCAGUGCUGACUUGGUCGCUUGUAUGAAGCCGCAACCUCCCAUCAUCAGCGCUGUCCGCCCCGACACUUUGGUCAAGGCUUACUCUGAGACUAACUACACUUUUCUGUUUGCCCCUGUGUUCCACACUGGUAUGCGCUACGUCGCGCCCAUCCGCAAGCAACUGCCUUGGAGGACUGUUUUCAACAAUCUCGGCCCCUUGGCCAACCCUGUUGAAGAUGUACUUGAAGCCCGUGUCAUUGGUGUCGGCCGAAGGGAUCUUGGUCCGGCAUUCGCUGAGGCUCUGUGCAUGGCUGGUUUCAAAAAGGCUCUCAUCAUCUGCGGCGAGGAAGAUCUCGAUGAAGUUAGCUGCGCUGGCAACACUCUAUGCUGGAGGGUCAACGAGACCAGUGCUGGAAGGCUCGAGGUUGAGCACUUCACCGUGCACCCCAGCGACUUUGGUCUGAGCACACAUCCCCUGGAUACAGUGUCAUCUGGUAAAGAACCCUCCGAGAAUGCAGAGAUCUUGUCUCGAAUUCUGCACAAUGAGUUGCCUGAUGAUGACCCGAUUCUUGAGUUUGUUCUUCUCAACACUGCGGCUUUGCUCGUCACAUCAGGUAUCUGCGAGUCCGAUGCCAGCAACAUGGGUGAGGGAGAUGACGGCAAGGUCAUCACUGAGCGCGGCCCUGGUGGACAGCGCUGGAAAGAGGGUAUCCGAAGAGCUCGCUGGGCCCUCAAGAGCGGCGAGGCCUGGAGACAGUGGGAAAGGUUUGUCAAGGUCACAAAUGAAAUCGGCGCCUAA